AUGGCGCCUGCUAACGUCCUAGAGGGCGACUCCAUGGACCAGGAUGUUGAGAGCCCCGUGGCCAUUCACCAGCCAAAGUUGCCUAAGCAGGCCAGGGACGACCUGCCGAGACACGUCAGCCGGGACCGGACCAAAAGGAAAAUCCAGAGGUACGUGCGGAAAGACGGAAAGUGCAACGUUCACCACGGCAACGUGAGGGAGACCUACCGCUACCUGACCGACAUCUUCACCACCUUAGUGGACCUCAAGUGGAGGUUCAACCUGCUCAUCUUCGUCAUGGUCUACACCGUGACGUGGCUCUUUUUCGGGAUGAUCUGGUGGCUAAUCGCAUACAUCCGCGGAGAUAUGGACCACAUAGAGGACCCGUCCUGGACUCCGUGCGUCACCAACCUCAACGGGUUCGUCUCUGCUUUUUUAUUCUCCAUAGAGACAGAAACCACCAUCGGUUAUGGCUACCGGGUCAUCACGGACAAGUGCCCGGAGGGCAUCAUCCUCCUCCUCAUCCAGUCGGUGUUGGGGUCCAUUGUCAACGCUUUCAUGGUGGGGUGCAUGUUUGUUAAAAUAUCGCAGCCCAAGAAGAGGGCGGAGACCCUGGUUUUUUCCACGCACGCAGUGAUCUCCAUGCGGGAUGGGAAACUGUGCCUAAUGUUUCGGGUGGGGGACCUGAGGAAUUCCCACAUCGUGGAGGCUUCCAUCAGAGCCAAGCUGAUUAAAUCCAAACAGACUUCAGAAGGGGAGUUCAUCCCUCUGAACCAGACGGACAUCAAUGUCGGGUAUUACACGGGGGAUGACCGUCUGUUUCUGGUGUCUCCGCUCAUCAUCAGCCACGAAAUUAACCAGCAGAGUCCUUUCUGGGAGAUCUCCAAAGCCCAGCUGCCCAAAGAGGAACUGGAAAUUGUGGUCAUCCUGGAAGGAAUGGUGGAAGCUACAGGGAUGACAUGCCAAGCUCGAAGCUCCUAUAUCACCAGUGAGAUCCUCUGGGGGUACCGAUUCACGCCUGUCCUGACGCUGGAGGACGGGUUCUACGAAGUUGACUACAACAGCUUCCAUGAGACCUACGAGACCAGCACCCCAUCUCUCAGCGCCAAAGAGCUGGCCGAGUUAGCCAGCAGGGCCGAGCUGCCCCUGAGCUGGUCUGUCUCCAGCAAACUCAACCAACACGCAGAACUGGAGACUGAGGAGGAGGAAAAAAACCCUGAGGAGCAGACGGAGAGAAAUGGUGACGUGGCAAACCUAGAGAACGAAUCCAAAGUUUAG